CACAUAAACGUUAAGGCAUGGAAUCUGUACGCAAGGCCAAUAUCCGACUACGUAACUAUCCAUUACUGCUGACAAAGUGUUCAGAUAAAGCGACACUAUAUGCGAAGUGCGUAUCUCGGGAUAUUAAUGUGCAUCAGAAAGUUUGCGAAACCGAGUUUAAGGAAUUCUUAGACUGUAUGCGUAAAACUGCCAAAGACCUAAAAACAAAGCUGUAAAUAUAUUUUUAUAAUCACUG